UACACACGAGUCCCAGACUGUCAGUAAGCAAAGAUACAGGAGCAAAAGAAAACGUCUGAUGAAUGGUCCAUAGGAAGAGAGGAGAGGAGAGGAGCGAGGAGGAGGCUGUAUCCAGUAGAGGACAGCUUUUGCCAUUUAGAGCCCAUCACUGCCAACAAAAUCCUUCCCUUCAGCUUCUCUUCUAGUCUUCUCUUCACCUUCUUCUCAUCCUCUUCUUCUCCUCCUCGGUCAAACCGCCUUUUCUUCUCUCCCCUAUCCUCCGCUCCGAGGGAGAAAAAAAACAAAGAAAGAAAGAAAGAAAGAAAAAGAGUACUAGUAGCACCCGGAGAGUGGAGGAAAGGGAGUAGGCGGAGCCAAAUCUCGUUUCUCUUUAGUUGUUGUUAGUACCCUUAGUGGAAGAAUCUCUCCCCUUUUCUUGUGUUUCUUGGGUUUUGAAGUUUUUUGUUGUUGGGAGGUAUGAGGAAUGAAGGCCUAACCUGAGGCAAGAUCUUCGUUUUCCUUCAUUUGUGGGGGUGUUUGUUGGUGGAAACGGAUCAAGAAAAGCCGGAAUUUCGGUUCUGAAAUCGUCGGUUUUGAUAUCGGUUUCUCUCUGUUGAUUGGAGAGAGAGGGAGAGAGCAAACGCAUGAUCUGUGUCUGAUUCUGACGGGCCUUGUCGCGGUCCGUAUCAGUUCAUCCAUCCCAACUUGCUGUUCGUUUUGUGUGGUGGUGUUUCGCUUUUUUGGGAAGAGAGGAGAGGAAGCAAUCAUUCGGCGGCGACGGCCCCGCCCACUUGAGUUAAACUUGAUUGCUCUGUCGCAUGGCCAGCAGUAGCGACCAUGGAUCCCUCAUGGAGGACUGGAUGCCACCACCCACACCCAGCCCGAGAACACUCAUGUCAAGCUUCUUGAAUGAAGAUUUUGUCUCUGGUUCAUUUUCCAAUAUUUUCAGUGAUCAUGAGAGCAACAAACCCCAGGAUCAGUUUGAGAGAAACAGAGAGCUUGUGGAUUUGAGUAAGGAAGUGCCUUCCCAAUUCGCAAGACCCGCAUUCCAGAGGGAUGCUUCCCUGGAUCAUAGCUUGGUCAGUCCUACACAGAGAUCAAACUCGCAUGGUGGUUUGGCAGAGCGCAGGGCUGCGAGGGCUGGUUUCAGUGUCCCGAAAAUCGAUACAUCCCGUGGUGGUUCAUCCACAGUAAUUCGAUCGCCCGUGGCAAUUCCACCAGGUCUUAGUCCAACAACACUUCUCGAGUCACCGGUUUUCCUUUACAACGCAAUGGCACAGCCUUCUCCAACCACUGGCACACUGCCAUUUUUGAUGGCUUCAAAUGCUAAGUCAACAAUACCGUCAGCUACCAAGAUGGACGAAGAUUGCACAUUUGGCAAUGACACUUUCUCCUUCCAACCGCAUGUAGGGUCGAGACGGCCAAAUUUCUCCGCUGCAGAAAAGGGUCCCAAUGCUUGUCACCAAAACCAAUCGCUGUCGAAUAUCCAUCAGCGGGAAUCCAGUCUUCAGUCAAGCUUUACUGCAGUCAAAGAUAUCACUGAUGAAAAAAACAUUAAAACAAAGACAUCUGACUCCAUGUUUGGUGAUAACCACUCUUCUGAUGAACAAGAUGAUGAGACUAACCAAAAUGGAGAAAACUCUAUGCCACCUCCGAACCACCGUUCAGGUGUCCCUCUGUCACAUACCAAUGAUCCAGAAGUGAAUGUCCUAGAGAACCGCGGUUCACAGACAUGCCAUAACUCUGCAUCCUUGUGGGACAAUGCCAAAAAUGAUUGCCUUCAAGAUGUUCAAAGUGAAGUUAUUGAAACAAGAACAGCUGCUUGUCUUCCAGUAUCAACCAAUUGUGAUACAUCUAUCAUGGAGUCCCAAGAUGCAGUUGAUGUGUCGUCAACACUAUCUAAUGAGGAGGAUGAUAGGGCAACGCAUGGCACGGCUUCUAUAGAGUGCAACGGGGAUGGAGAUGAGACUGAUUCCAAGAGAAGGAAGCUGGAUGCUUUGACAGCUGCAACUGCUGCUAUUACCACCACCAGUAACAUUGACAUGGGAGCUGCGGCAUCGAGAGGUGUCCGGGAGCCUCGUGUUGUUGUUCAGACAACAAGUGAGGUUGACAUCCUUGAUGACGGUUACCGCUGGCGCAAGUAUGGACAGAAGGUUGUUAAAGGAAAUCCAAACCCAAGGAGCUAUUACAAAUGUACGCACCAAGGGUGUUCGGUGCGCAAGCACGUGGAGAGAGCAUCGCAUGAUCUAAAAUCCGUCAUCACGACGUACGAGGGGAAGCACAACCAUGAAGUUCCAGCUGCCAGAAAUAGUGGACAUGGGAGCUCUGGAUCUGGAAACGCUCCAUCUGCACCGCAAUCUAACGGCUCUCAGCGCAGGCAAGAACAAGGGCAAGCCAGCUUCAGCCAGUUUGGUGGCGCGGCUCCCUUCAGCUCCUUCGUUCUCCCACCAAGAAACCAAUUUGGACCAUCGGCGAGCAAUUUCCCCUUUGGGAUGGUCCCGCCAGGCAUGGCGAUUCCCAUGCCAUCUCUAGGGUCUCUUGCUCCAGCAAAGAUGGCUGGUCAUCCAUCCACCAUGCAGGGCUACCAGGGGCUCAUGAUUCCGGAAGGAGAGAUGAAGACAGAGCCCAUGUCGCAGCUCGGCUUCCCCGCGGUAAACCAAUCUUCAUCAUCCUUCCAACAGAUGAUGAACAGGCCUCCAUCAUUUGGACCUCAGAUGUAAAUAAUAAUAUUAAAGAAAGAAAAGAAAAUGAUAGAUGUGCUUCAGCUUCUAUACAUGGUAGCAAUGCUACAACAUAGCUUUGUUGUUCUAGCUUUUACCUGUUAUUUUUUCUUUGGGCUUUUAUUUUUUGGAAGCAAAGAAUGCAGAAGAUGUUACCCGUUUUGUUUAUGUUGUAAUUGGAAAAAAAAGGUGGUGGUAGUGUUCAGGACAAAAGGCAAAAUCAUUCAAUUGGAAGUGCUGAUGGUGAAAAAAGAAAA